AUGGCCAAACAUGCGCCAGAGGGGAAACGUGGUUCAGAGCUAGAACCGAAUCAGUUCUGCUGUUCGGUGUGUCUAGAGCUGUUCAAAGACCCGGUCACUAUUCCGUGUGGACAUAGUUAUUGUAAAUUCUGUAUCGAGGGAUGCUGGGACCAGAAUGAGGAGAAGGGACUCUACAGCUGUCCUCAGUGCCGGCUGGUCUUCAGUCCCAGGCCUGUGCUCUGUAGAAACAACCUGCUGGCUGAGGUGAUAACACUGUAUCAGAAUUGCUGUUGUUUCCAGUAGUAUAUCUCUAAGUCUGAGAGAUGUCAAACCAGUUUUAUUUUAGUUAAAAUAUAAAUAAGUAGUUGUCUCAUUUAAGUCUUAACUGCCAGAUUUUACACUCUUUAGUAACUUAUGAUUCAAAUCAAGAAACUUAAAUUAUCCAACACAAUUGGGAGAAUUUGUAAUAAGAUUUAUUCCCUUGUCAACUCCUUAUCUGUCAGUAAUGGCAGGAUUGGUCUCUAGCUUUUUUCCAUUGUCUAGACUGAUUUAGAGAGGGUGAUUUUGAUCCUUUAUUACUCAUCUGCUUUGAACAUAAUAAGACUAAGAGAAAUCAAUAGUUGAUGUCCCUGAGACUGCGUCUAAGUUUGUGGGUUACAGGAAAACUGCAUUCUUUUCCACUAUGGAGCUGAGUGCAUCACUCCUUGGACUUUGGUAGAGACCUUAGGUAGACCUAAGAGUCAUGCCUCUAUCAUAAAACAUGAGUGUGGUAUCAGUACGUCACCCAUUUCCUGCCUGGUAUGCAAACUGUAAUGGAUCAAGCUUGCCUUUGAUAAAGCCAAGGAUAAUUUCUUUCAGAAAGGAUGUGAGAGCUAUGGGUCUGUGUCCAUUCAGUUCUUUAUGCUGUUAAGAUUUAGAAAAGGGAAUAAUGUUGGAGGUUUUCCACAGUUUUUUGGAUACGUCCACUGUUCAGACAUUAUUGAAACAGUUGAGAAAACACCCCACUGAGCUGUUCAGCACAGUGGUGCAAUGUUCUCCCAGAGAUGGAGUCAGGGCCUGAAGCUUUACGAACAUUCACCCUUCUAACAUGUUUGGUUGACACUUUCCUGAGUUAUUAAUCUUUUUAUGUUCUAGAACAUUUCCGAGGUUAGAACAAUUUUCAUAUAUGUCCGCCCUUUUAAACCUACUAAAGAAUGAAUUGAAAGCAUGAGGAAGAUCCUUGUCAUUUAUCCCAUUUAUGUUAAUAAGCUGUUUGGGCUCACAGUGCUAUUUCAGAUUACCUUUUUAUGCUGUUCAACAUCUGUAACACUAUUAAAAAGUUGAUUAACUUGAAGUAUUUUUGUUAUAAAAUAUUCUAAUUGUGUGAUUACUGUGAUUCUCACCUCCAUGUUUUUUAUAUCACCCUUAGGUUUUGGAGAUGCUGAAGAAAACAAACACCCAGCAGGUUUUUCCUUCUUUCUCUGAGGCCACAGCUGCGACUGCUGCUGAGGCUGGUGCUGAUGCUGAAGCCUUCGCUAGCCCUGGGGAUGUGGCCUGUGACUUCUGUUGUGAUACCAAUCCCAAUAAAGCUACAAUGUCCUGCCUGAACUGUGUGGCCUCCUACUGUCCAUCUCAUCUCCAACCUCACCACAGCGUUCCUGUGCUGAAGAAGCACCAGCUGGUGUCAGCUACUGUCCCCCUGCAGGAAAAGAUGUGCAGCAAGCACAACAAGCUGAUGGAGAUCUACUGUAGGACAGACAGGAAGUGUAUCUGCUAUCUGUGUGUUAUAGACCAGCAUAAGAGCCAUAAUACUGUGUCGGCUGCAGCUGAGAGAGAAGAGCAACAGGUAGGAACAAAACUCAGCAAAAACACGGCAGGCCUUACUCACCACAAUUUCCCGACACUCUUAAGUGAAGAUUGAAAGUCAGAUUAAUUACUCUGUCCUAAAACCGCGGAUUGUUUGCACCUCAGUUUUUAGUGAAUAAUGAGGGCUUCAUCUUACAAUAUGACAUUGUUCAAAUGCCUUCAGCCAAGUGAUGCACAUUUGAGAUUAAGUACAGCACAAGCAAAGAUCUAGUCAGAAGGAAACAUCAAGAGUUAUCAUCACCAUCAUCAUCAUCUACAGUACAUCCACCGCACCAUCUCCAAAGCACCAAACUACCAAGUGCUGAGUUGUUUAUGAAGAGCUGGUCUAUAGAGGAGAUGGGCACAGGUGCUCUCUAAAGAGCUGAGUCUUGAGCUUUUUCAUAAAGGCAGAAAAGGACUCAGAUCUGAGAGAUUGGUUACUUGGAUGGUAGAAAGUCAUCAAUCAUGCCAUCCAGGUUAUAGGCCAAUCGCAUGAGAAGAAGCAAAGGAAGAGCAAAGUAUCAUCUGCAUAGCAGUGAUAUUAGAAAUCAUGAGAUUGGAUAGUGGUACUGAGUGAGGUGGUAUGUAGCAAGAAAAUAAGAGGACAGAGCACUGACCCUCGAGGCACCCCUGUUGAUGAGCAGUGCGGUUCGGACACCUGUCUUCUCAAUGGUACUCCUGGGAGGUAGGACACAAACCACUGGAGAGCAGAUCCAGAGACAACCAAGUUUCACACCCAUCUUCUCCAAGAUAGCAUUCAUAAAUGCAUAAUUAGAUAGCAGGACGGUUUUUUCACACAGACAGCACAAAAAGGAAAAUAAAGUGGGAUUGUGAUUGGCACACCAGACUUUAAAAUCAAAUUAGCUUUUGGAUAUAUUUUGGAACAGACAUAGCAGUGAAAUGAAAGUGAGUAAGCUCUCUAGUACCCAUAGAUUUUGCUCUUACACAAAAAUACAUCGUAGGUAAGAAAACAUUAACGAGUGUGAUUUUGUCUUUGAAAUCUGUUUGGAUGUGUUUCCAUCAGAAAGUCUCUCUUGGUGAAUAAGGCCUAAUAACUCUUGUUCUCUGUAAUUGAAAUGACAGAAAAGUUCAUGAAUUGCAGCUGUGCUAAAAAUUUCUUACAGAAACAGCUGACUGUGAACCAAAAGAAAGUCCAGGAGAGAGGAAAGGAGAGGGAGAAGGAGCUGACAGCACUGCUUGAAGUUCUGAAGGAUUUUAAGGUUCGGAAAUUCAGCAUUUUUCUGUAUUUUUGUUUAUUUAGAAGAAGUAGGCUUUCAGUAUCAGCAGGUAAUAUCUUAAAAAGUUAAUUACAGGUAUCUGCAGAUAUAAUUAUCAGCCAAAAGCUGAUGCAUUAAACUGUUGUGAGAGUGUAGGUGUGAGCCUAGCAGCUGUGGAAACAACCUUAUUUUUGCAAUCUCCCAAAAAAUUACUCACAAUAAAUGAAGCAUUUUUGAGUGUAAAACGUCACCAUGAUGAUAUUUUUCUUGCUUUCUUGCUUUAUUUGUCUCUCUCUGACUCAAUUUAUAUGUGCUUCACACUGUGUGUGUGUGUGUGUGUGUGUGCGCGCGCGAAGUAGGGUGUGUUUUUUUGUCCACAUUUCUCCCAUGUGUCUUACAUGUGUCUCUGUGUAUCUCUUUUCUCACUACUGCCUCUCCCCUGUCCUGUGCCAUCUCACUUCCCACAGCUCUCUCUCUGUCUCUCGCUCUAUCUAUUUUGGGUCAUGUUAACUCUACUAUCUGAUAUUCUGUUCCACUUGCUGAUGUUAUUAUGUUAUUAUUCUAUCGGUAAAAAUUGAAAAGUAAUUGUUUAUUGUUACCAUAUGUCCCUUAAAAACUAAAUGUCCUAACUCUAAUGGAUACGGGUUUGGAAUGUUUAUGAUGGGUGUGGUGUCAUAGUCAAGACAAUUUCACACUUAUACCUACAACUAUGUGGGAUAAUGCUUUGUCUCGGGUGAGGGGUGGCCAUCAUCAUGCAUGGGUCAGUGCUGUGCAUCUCCCCCUCUGCCCCAAAAAGGCCACUGCUGGAUAUUGUGUCAGUAUUAAAAAAUAUUGUAGAGGUAGUAAAAAAAGGUGGUAAAUUAAACUCCUGUGUAAACCCUGAAUAUGAUCGAAUAUGAUCAAGGGUGUUUUUUCUUCUUUUGAGCUGUCAAUUUCCAGUAAAUAUGUAGUUUGUCAUGUCAGUAGAUGUCCUAAAAAUAACUCGGGUCAACACAGAGCCCACAUUGAAUCAAUACGAUUUUAUUUAUAAAGAAAUGCAGCCAGACUUCAGUGAAGACCAGCAGUAAGAUCUUUGGUGAGCUGAUCUCGUCCUUAAAGAAAAACUGCACUUCACUGGAGAAGCUGGUUGAAGCCCAAGAGAAGAAGGAGGUUGCCCAGGCUGAAGGGCUGCAGUUACAGUUGGAGGAGGAGAUCUCCAAGCUGAGGAAGAGAGACACAGACCUGGAACAGAUUUCUCAUGUUGACGACAACAUUCAUUUCAUCCAGGUACUUGCCGAUAUCUCACCUCACAGCCUUUCGUCCAUUUGUAUGAAAGACACCUGCUGUUGUUUUUACCACAACAAAACUGCAAGUUUCUUGACUUUUUUUUAUCAUAACUGUACUGUGGUCUCUGAUUUAUUGACUACAGACUUUCCAGUCUCUGUCUGCCUCCUGUGAAUCUCCUGACGUACCAAAUGGUAGUGUUGUCCGCCCAAAACAUACAUUCAAAGCUGUGGCUCAUAGGAUAUCAGAGCUUAAGAAUGAGGUGGAGGGCCUCGUGAAGAAAAGAUGGCCCAGCAUCACAGCUGAAGGUGUGUAAGAAAUACUAAGAAAUGCUAUCUAUCAGUUCCUUUCAAGUUCAGUGGUGUUAAAGAGUUUUGCUUUUGUUGAUAGUGUCUUCUGUGAAAGUUCUGCUGCAACCUGGGCCAAAGACCAGACAGGAGUUUUUAAACUGUGAGUGACAUUUUAUGUAUUUCUAUAGCCCAAAAAUUGAGUUUUGAAACGUAUAAUAUGUUCAUAUUUUUCUGCUCUUUCUCCCCUGUCAGUUUGCUGUCCUCUGAAACUGGAUGAGAAUGCAGUCUCUAAAAACAUGACCCUUUCCGACUUGAAGGCAACAUGCAAAACACAACAGACACGCUCUUACAAUAGUUCCUAUCGUGACUACUCAUAUGUAACAACGAGGAUGACAAGUGUAGAGCAGAUUUGGUGCAUUGAGGCUUUAACAAAGCAAUGUUACUGGGAGGUCAGUCUGAGUGGUUAUACUUGGUGUGUGGUGGUGUCGUAUAAAGACAAAAGCGGUGCAUCAUCAUAUCACUCUGAGUUUGGUAAGGAUGACAGGUCCUGGAGUUUAGAGUGCUCCAGCAAUGGUUGCUCCUUCAGACACAACAACCAAAGCAUCAAUGUGUCGGGCUCCAAACUCUCCAAGAUCGGAGUGUACCUGCAUUAUUUAGAGGGGAUUUUGUCCUUUUACAGUAUCCAUGGCUCAAGUAUGGUCUUACUCCACAGAGUAGACACCACCUUCACUGAACCUCUCCAUCCUUGCAUCGGGUUCAAGGAUGAUAAGUCUCAACAAGGUACAGCCUAUUAUGCAGAACUGGUCAAGAACUGGUCAUAA